AUGAAUUCUCGAUUCAAAUGUCUGGUCAUAGAUCACGAUGAUACGUCGGUUGACUCGACGCCAAAAAUAAACUAUCCGUGUUAUCUUUCAUUUAUGCGCGAGUAUGCUCCCUCCAUUCCGCCCGCGUCUCUCACGUCAUUUCAGAACUAUUUAUUUGACAUUGGGAUCACCAAAUACUAUAAAGAUGUUGCAAGACUUCCUGAUCAUUUAAUCAAAUAUGAGGCUGAGUACUGGCAGGCUUACGCGGAUAGCCAUGACCCACCUGAUUUCUUUCCAGGCUUUCUUGACGUGUUGAAACAUUUUAAACAACUUGGGGGGCUUGUUGUUGUCGUUUCUUAUUGCGAUAAGAAUAACAUCGCUCGUGCGUAUACAAAGGCAGGCUCUUUCCUUCCAGACAAAAUUUUUGGGUGUGAUUCUCACAAUCCCAAGUUGUCAAAACCACAUAAAGAACUUCUCGUUUCAAUUAUGAGAGAGUUCAAUCUCAGAGAGAAUGAGAUCGUUGUGAUUGACGAUAUGAGUGAUGGGUUUAGAAUGGCAGAUCACUUCAAAGGCAUAACUAAAGUGGGAGUGACGUAUGGGGACGGACACGAAGAUAUAAAAGAUAAGAUGAAGGGGAUGUGUCACUUCGUUGCUACGAGCGUGAAGGAACUAAACGAUUUCAUAUUUAUGUAG